CUCAGUCAGCAGUCAGCCUGCCGGAGACAGAGCCUCCACGACUCCCAGCCUCCUCCUCGCCGCCGCCGCCUCCUCCUCCUUCUCUCCUCCUCCUCCUCUUCCUCCUCCUCCCUCGCUCCCACAGCCAUGUCUGCUUAGACCAGAGCAGCUCCACAGCCACCUCGGGCAGCCGCCGCCGCCACAGCAGCCAGGACAGCCGUCGCCGGGGAGCGAUGACAGGAGUGUUUGACAGAAGGGUACCCAGCAUCCGAUCCGGCGACUUCCAAGCUCCGUUCCAGACGUCCGCAGCCAUGCACCAUCCGUCUCAGGAAUCGCCAACUUUGCCCGAGUCGUCGGCCACCGAUUCCGACUACUACAGCCCCGCGGGGGCAGCCCCGCACGGCUACUGCUCUCCUACCUCGGCUUCCUACGGCAAAGCGCUCAACCCCUACCAGUACCAGUACCCCGGCGUGAACGGCUCUGCCGGCAGCUACCCCGCCAAAGCUUACGCCGACUACGGCUACACCAGCCCCUACCACCAGUACGGCGGCGCCUACAACCGCGUCCCCAGCGCGGCCAGCCAGCCAGAGAAAGAAGUGGCCGAGCCCGAGGUGAGGAUGGUGAAUGGCAAACCAAAGAAAGUUCGUAAACCCAGGACUAUUUAUUCCAGCUUUCAGCUGGCUGCGUUACAGAGAAGGUUUCAGAAGACUCAGUACCUCGCCCUGCCCGAACGCGCCGAGCUGGCUGCCUCGCUGGGACUGACGCAAACACAGGUGAAAAUCUGGUUUCAGAACAAAAGAUCCAAGAUCAAGAAGAUCAUGAAAAACGGGGAGAUGCCCCCGGAGCACAGCCCCAGCUCUAGCGACCCCAUGGCGUGUAACUCGCCGCAAUCUCCGGCGGUGUGGGAGCCUCAGGGCUCGUCGCGCUCGCUCAGCCACCACCCUCAUGCCCACCCUCCGACCUCCAACCAGUCCCCCGCGUCCAGCUACCUGGAGAACUCGGCUUCCUGGUACCCGAGCGCCGCCAGCUCGAUCAAUUCCCACCUGCCGCCGCCUGGCUCCUUACAGCACCCGCUGGCGCUGGCCUCCGGGACACUCUAUUAGACCAGCCGCUUUCUCUCGCCGUCUUUUUGGGGACUACUGUGUUUUGCUGUUUUAGAAAAUCAUAAAGAAAGGAAUUCAUAUGGGGAAGUUUGGAAACCGGAAACAAACAAAAAAAAAGAUUCAUGUGUAAAGCUUUUUUUUGCAUGUAAGUUAUUGCAUUUCAAAGGACCCUGACCCCCUCCUUUUUUUACAGACACUUUUUUGCGCAACUGUGGACACUAUCAAUGGUGCCUUGAAAUCUAUGACCUCAACUUUUCAAAAGACUUUUUUCAAUGUUGUUUUAACCAUGUAAAUAAGUGUAGAUAGAGGAGUUAAACUGUAUAUUCUGGAUAAAUAAAAUUAUUUCGAUCAUGAAAGCAAAAUGUUUCUUAAAAAAAUACUUAUUUGCACCCCCCCCCCCCCUUGUAAUGGGCUAGCCACGUUUUAUGCAGGCAAUUAAAGACAGAGAAGGUCUGCAGAGAUCCAAAAAGGAAAAUAGAAAUUGGGAGCUGCAUAGAUGCAGAAUUUUACGUGUUA